AAUAAAGAGAGAGUUUCCCGGGGAAAAAAAUAACAAAGAGAGUAGGCUCAGUUUAUUGUGAAAACCAGAUCCAAAAACCUCACUCUUGCUCCAUUAUAUAUGUGUGUACUGUCUAUACAUUCUCUUGCUCCAUUGCAAAUGACCUCACUCUUUUGAGGACGAACUAACAAUGGCUUAUGGGCUUGAUCACUCUGAGUGGCUGGAAGUUAAAUAUAUCAACAACCAUGCUCUGUUUGUAGGGUACCUGUCGAUGGCCGUCAAAGGGGUGGGCUUCUUGGUGGGUUUAUGGACCACCGUUGUUCUUCUUGGUGGCUUCGUCUCUAUGCUUGAGAAGAAGGAUUUCUGGAGUCUCACCAUCAUCACACUCGUCCAAACAGCAGGGGUGUUCGAUGUUCUCCUGAACGAAAAGCUGCGCCAUGCUGUGAAUUCAGUCGAUGGCUUCUUGGUUACUAUGGACAUGGUGUUCAGGUGCGAAGACGAGGAGUUCGACUCGGGCAUCCAGUUGUGGCGUUCACGAGCAGGACGUCUUGUGACGUUCAUCCAGGCGGUGGUGUUCGCCAUCAUACUGUGCCCUCUGGCUGUGCUCUACCUGUCUGGGCUGGUCAUCAGCACUAGUCUAUCGCUGUGGCGCCUCAUACAGCACGACUACGGCGACGGCGACGGCAGCGCCAACCUGACUCCGGCGCUCAAUGUGCUCUACUCACUGGCACUCUUCCAGGGCGUCCUCUUCUUCUACCAGUGGGUGUCCUACUUCGCCGGGAAAAGGUUGAUCGAAAAGGUGGCCAGUAAAUAUUGGCAAAACAGUAAGGAGGCUGGCGGGGCGGGGGCGCGGGCGGGGGCGUGGCGCAAAUUGGUGAAGGUGUACAUGAAGAAGACCAAGAUCCGGUGCGAGAAGGAUCCAUCCUUCCUAGAAGAGUGGAACCUGGUGACGUUUGCCGUGGAGCUGAUGAAGCCGGAGUCCAAGUCCAGCGACUACGUGUCCGGGGCGAUGAUCCUGGACACGAUCCUCGGGCAGAAGGACCUGACGGCGCAGCACGCGCUGAUCAGGAAGCUGGUCGGCUCGGCGUCCUCCAGGAAGGUGAUGAAGAAGCUGCUGCGGUCGCUUCGGUCCGCGAGCCAGUACAACCGGAACAUCCGGGUGCACGCCGCCCGGAUCGUGUCGCGUCUCGCCGGCGAGAUCAGCCUCGCCAGCUUCCCGGAGGCGCUCUCGUGCAUAUCGUCGCUGCUCGACACCACCACCACGGAGCAGCAGGAACAGCAGCAGCAAGACGGAGACAGUGCGCCGUCCGCUCACUACAGGGAUCUCAUGGUGCUGGGCCGCGUCAUCCUUCAGAAGCUCGCCGCCGCCGACGAGCACAACCUUUUUCUCAUCGGCAAAAAGCAGAGCACUAUCUCCAAGGCCAUGCUGCCCGUCAGAAAAGACCUGCUCCACAUCCACAACAACGGCCAUGUCGACGCAUGGAAGGACAUCGUGACCGAGUCACUGCAGCUCAUGUCCCAGCUUGUCAGCGCCCCUGGGAAGACCGGCGACGAUCUGCGCUCCCACAUCUUGACGAUUCACAAAGACGACAUCAGAGUGAAUAACAUUAUCAUCUGUAAGCAAUGCCAAAGCAACAAGAAGCUCCACAUGCAGGCCAUUAACAUCUUCACACAGCAACAGCAUCCUAUGGAAGCACUUUCGACGACGUCUUCGAAUAUAGACACAACAUAUAGCGAAACGAACAUCAGGCUGCUCGUAGACAUCUUCUUGACUAACAAGGACGCCUCCACAAGAAAAAUGGCAGUUGGCAUACUGGCAAUACUGCUGUCCGACCAAAAUAAAAGCAAUGCCAAUGCCAAUGCCACCAUUAUCUUCAAGGCAAGUGACACCGUUGUCCGUGAUCUCAAGACAGUGCUUUUAGAUGAUGAGGAAACAGAAUACAGAAUAUGCGCAGCAGAAAUACUCGAGCAUCUACACAGGACAAAGGAAGCCUCCUAUCUCAAGAAACUGAUGGAAGCCAUGCAAAAUGUGCUACCGAAGAUUCUCAACGAAAUAUUUAUCUCUCUCUCUCCACCUAAGCAAGGAGAAAAGCAAGCAGAAAAGGCAGAAAAAGGAACAGACGGAACCAAGACAGAUCCUGACAUUGAAGAAGGUGCUGGUGCCGUUGCUUCGAAAGAUAAUGUCGACGUCAAUGACCAGAAGGAGGACAUUGGUAAGAAAAAAAAGGACAGGACGAGGAAACUACAUGCAGCUUUACUGUCACUUAGUGUGGCAAUAUUUGAAAAACGGAUCAGAGAUGGUAAAGAUUUGGAUACACUUGCUGGUGAAAUUGCCCGAGGAGACUCUGCAUCCAGCUUUGUCGGUAAGCUGAGGACGAUGGUAGAUCAAAACAGUGAACAAACAGUCAAUUGCCUGAGAAUUCUGAAGAUUGCCACUAGGAUGAUCAUAUCACUGCUAAAACUUGAAGGAUGCUACCCCAAACAAGAGCUGGAGAACUUGAUGGUAUCUCUGUCCAAAGCUUCCGAACAAAUGUUUGAACUGGAAGCGUUGAUGAUGUUAUCUAGCAGCGACCAUACCGGAAAGAAGACUGAAAGCUUCGGUUCUCUCGUGAAAGAAGCAGAAGGCCUUAUGAAGAAUAAGAAGGAAAAAAAUGUGGCAACUACACCAGCUAGCACUAUGAAUGGAAACCAGUAGAUUGAGUAGAUUAUCAACUAAUCUGCUGAUAUUCACAAUAAAGAACUUUGGCGUUCCCAGAAAAUUGUUUGUCAUAAAGAUAUUCUGUAGGAUAAACUCCUUAUUCUGUAGCAUGUGUGCUGAAAUCUAGCUAUUUGUCCCAUCUACUUAUCAAACAUUCAAGUAAAAACUCACUAUGAAACGGUUGAGAUAUCAUGAUGGUUUCUAUAUUUC